UGCAGGACACCGGCCCUCCAGGACCGAGUUUGGGCACCCCUGCUUUACACCUUUACGCGAAAGCAGUAACACAAUUUCACACUCAUCCCGCCUUCAGUGUGUGUGUGAAUGAAAUGAGGCGGGGCCUAUUUAUCAGCUCUGAACCCUAGGCCACGCCCACGCGACUGACGUCAGAGGUUUGGCUCGUACUGGCGACGUGCGGAACGCAGACCGACACAAGCAAGGAGGAGCGCGGCGCGCAAGCAGCGGGAUGGAGCUCGCGCGGCACGAUCCCAAACCCAGCCGUUUGUUUAACGGAGAAAGCGUGGAUAUUGCUGUGUGAUGAAACGGACCCCGCUGUUCGUUUACAGUUGUUGAGGCUGACGCGAAGGACUGGAUUUAAAGGGCCAGCCGCACGCGAACAUGGACCGAUGCGCUACGGUUCUGGAUCCGGACCAGGAUAAACAGUUUUGCGAGCUGUGUGGAAAGAUGGAAAACCUUUUAAAGUGCGGUCGGUGCCGGAUCUCUUUCUACUGCAGCAAGGAGCAUCAGAAACAGCACUGGAAAAAACACAAACUCACCUGCAGAGAGGCUGACAAGACCAAAACUGUGCCUCAAACGCCUCAUCAGCAGGAGAAAACAACUGAUCCAGACAGAAAACAGCUGAUCACCGGAAGCUCAGAAGCUGACAGCAGUACCACCAAACCCCAAACCCACAAACUGGCCACUGAGUAUAUAGUCCCAUGCAUGAACAAACAUGGCAUUUGUGUAGUGGACAACUUUCUGGGUGAAGACAUCGGGCUGUCCAUACUGGAGGACGUGAAAGCUCUCCAGCAGACUGGUAAAUUCACUGACGGACAGCUGGUGAGUCAGAAAAGUGACUCUACUAAGGACAUAAGGGGGGAUCAAAUCACUUGGAUCGAGGGGAAGGAGCCUGGAUGCGAGAAGAUCUGCUUCUUGAUGAGUCGCAUGGAUGACCUGGUCAGGAAUUGCAAUGGAAAACUGGGAAACUACUCAAUAAAUGGAAGGACAAAAGCGAUGGUGGCAUGUUAUCCGGGUAAAGGCUCUGGUUAUGUGCGCCAUGUGGACAACCCGAAUGGAGAUGGGAGAUGUGUCACAUGCAUAUAUUACCUUAAUAAGAAUUGGGAUGCCAAGGAAAAUGGGGGUGUAUUGCGGAUAUUUCCAGAGGGUAAAGCUCAGUUUGCGGACAUCGAACCCAAAUUUGACCGCUUGGUUUUAUUCUGGUCUGAUAGAAGAAACCCUCAUGAGGUCCAGCCUGCGUAUGAUACAAGAUAUGCCAUUACCGUGUGGUAUUUUGAUGCUGAUGAGCGGGCGAGAGCUAAAGAAAAGUACCUAACAGGUGCAGGUGAAAAAGGAGAGAAGGUGGAGCUAAACAAGCCGUCUGAACCAAGCUAAUCAAAUGAUCAUUAAUCCAGAUUUUUCCUGGUUACCAGCUGCGUGGAAAAAAAAAGAAGAAGAGCGAGUCGGAAAAGGCUGCGGGUGUCUGUGACGAGAAAGGAGCAGAAGAUUGAAUUAAUAGAGAUUAAAAGCUCUGCAGAAUUCAACCACAUUUCCCCGAAAACCAGCUAAACUUUAAAUAUGACUCUGUUGGUUUAAUUUUAGUUUUAAAAGGUACAGUACUCUGUAUUACAUUUACAUUAACGCUUCUCAUGUGACUGGAGUCACAGUGCUUCUGAGGAAUGUUUAAAAAGCCUUUUGUUUUUGCUUCUGGGAAGAGUUCCUGCAUUUUGACCUGAUCUUUGUGAAUCAAGCUUGCACAUCCAUGCAUGUUAUUUCUCAUAACUGCACCAGAACAGAUCGGAUCAUCUAUUCAUAUUGAAAUACAGCCAAUGCCCGCGAGGUAGUGAACUUUCGGCAUGUUUAUUCAGGACUGUGUGCUGGCAGAUGCAUCAUGGGAAUGUCAUCUGCAAUUCUACAGCUUUACGUUCUUACAUGCACUAGGUCAGUGCGAGUCCAGUAUUGAGCGUUAUUGUCUGUCAUGACCUGCACGUUAUUGUCUAAUUUGGACAAAAUUAAAGCCUGUUUGCUUUUUAGAUUUUCUGUGGAAUUUCUGUGCUGUCCAAGUUAAGUCAUGUGCUUAAACUGAAU